CUACAUACCGUUAAAAAGAAACGGCGUGGGAAAACCCACCGAGGGCGGGGGAAUCUGGCUAGUCGUCUCUCUUUCGUUGUCUGCACUCAUUAGAUCUCUUCCCAGAGUUCUGAGAGCUGAAGUAGAGCGUGACUUGAGACAAUAACACCCUGCGAAGGCAAUAGCGAAACUGACAAAGAUUAAAGUAAUGACAGAGAGAAAAAAACUCGGGUCCAGUCCUCUGGCGAGGAAACGUCAAUGGAUUCAUGUUUUAAUGUAGUGAAUGUUCACGCGUGGACGUUUAUUACUGUUUCUUUUGUUUAUUACACGCGCAUGCUGAACGGAGCGGGCGCGAGAGGCUGAAUGCAGCCUCGCAACGCGAACUGUCUACCGCUGCAGGUGAGUGUUGUGGAACAGGGUGAUGGGAGUCCAGGACUCCCUAUUGCCGGACUUACGGCAUGUCACAAAGCAGUUUUCUAAACUUCUGCUGCUGGUCCUACUGCUCUGGAUGCUGUUUUUCCUCGUUAUCUUUACCUACUUCACUGACUCCCAGGUUAACCAGCUCCAUAGGAUUACCCCGUUCAACUCUGAAUCUCAACACUCAUCCUAUGUUCAGCAUAGUUCCCGGGCCAUCAUGGCGUCCCAUAAUUCCCGCUGGCAUCUGUAUGCAGACAGGAAUGGUCCUUUCCAGCGCAGGCAAGUGUUUCAACCUCCUCGUGCUGGAGAAAAGAAUUAUUUCAGGAAUUUUGGCGAACGUCGUCCAAGGGCUAGGAAGUACUUAAGGAAGCCUCUUAAAAGCGACUACAGUCAUUUUUCCAGUGACUGGUCGGUGGUUCGUGGUCUGUGGAAGGGUCAGGUGUCUUCCAAAAUGCUAAGCCAUCGACUACAGCGAGCCUUGAGGGACCAUGUUCACUCUAAUAAGCACAAUGUUCUCUACAAAGGCCAACGAAAGGCAAACAAGAGUACAGAGGAGAUGCUGUGUCAGAUGAAACGGCAAGCCCAACUCAGGACUCUGGAUGGCUCUGAACAGCCCUUUGCUCACCUAGGUUUUAAACCGCUGGCUUCUUCUAAAUUGCAGCAGAUGUACACAACAUGUGCUGUGGUGACUUCAGCUGGGGCAAUACUGAACUCAUCACUGGGACAUGAAAUUGAUUCCCAUGAUGCAGUGCUGCGUUUCAAUGCUGCACCCUGCAAGGGCUAUGAAAAGGAUGUGGGCAGCAAAACAACCAUUCGAAUCAUGAACUCUCAGAUUCUAGCAAACCCCAAACACAACUUCAGCAGCAGUUUGCGCUAUAAGAACAUCACCUUGGUAGCCUGGGAUCCUGCUCCUUAUAACAUUGACCUGCAUAAGUGGUACCAGAAACCCGAUUAUGACCUGUUUACUCCAUACAUAAAUCACAGGAAGAAUUUCCCUGAGCAGCCCUUUUAUAUUCUGCAUCCUUCAUUUAUCUGGAAACUCUGGGAUAUUGUGCAAAGCAACACAAAGGAUAACAUUCAACCCAACCCUCCUUCCUCAGGAUUUAUAGCUUCUGUAGUAUGCCUAAGGAUGCCAAUUAAAUUCAAUCCAGUCCACACAAAAGUCCCUGUGGCUUGUCCUGAACUACAGUGAAGAACAUGAGAUGCACACCCUGCUGGUUCUCAAAUGAUAGCUGCUGGGUUGAUGUUAGUCAGUACACUUGGAUCACUUUGUUGCCUUGACAACCUAUAGAUGUGGACACUGAACAAACAAACUGUCUCGUGAUUGGCUAUCCCAAGGGGUGCAUGCCUUGUUAUUCAUCUCAUGAGACUCAAUGUCUGACUGGCUUUGUCUCGGCCCAUCCAGGCCCCUGAUUGGCCUUCACAUUGGAGUGCGACUAUACUGCUGAGUAUUUGAUGCGUGUCCCCUGCAUGUGUGCGUCUAUGUAUUGAGACGACUCUGUGUCUGAUCUUGGCAGGGUGCUGUCAGGCAGUGUGUGUUGCCAGCCUGAGGGCAGAUGACAGAGGCUGGAUGUAAAACAAAAAUACAACAAUUCAGAGAGGUGGCCAACAAUAGACCACAGUACACACAGCUGACAGAAUGUAUGCUGUGUACUAAUGUCUUAUCAGAUUCAGACAAGUUCUUUGAGGAGUUUGUUUCAUUUACUCACCAUCAUGUCAUUCCAGAUCUGUACGACUUGCUUUCUUCUGUGAAUGUACUGGUUCAUUUUUUAUUUGUAUUUUUAUUUUUUUCACUGACUUACAAUGAAUGGUUUUGCAAGUCUUAUAAAUUUGUAUGUUAUGUAUGUAUACACUACAAGACAAAGAUUUGCCAUUAUUCAUAUUUUAUUUCUAUUAUGCCUACCAAGGCUGCAUUUAUUUGAUUAAAAUAAUAACAGUCAAAAUGAUAAUUUUGUGAAGUAUUAUUACAAUUUAAAAUAACAUUUUCUAUUUAAAUUUAUUUUAAAAUGCAAUUUAUUCCUGUGAAGGCAAAACUGAAUUUUCAGCAGCCAGUCUUCAGUCACAUAAGCAGUCUAGUUUACAGAUUUGGUGCUCAAUUAUUAUUAGUUGUCAUUGUUGCCCUAGUUUUAACAAUGGUUCUUUUUAUUAUCAAUUUUGAAAAUAGUUUUUGCUGCUUAAUAUUAAUAAAUGUGAUCCAUUUUCCCUGGAUUCUUUGAUAAAUAGAAAAGUUCAAAAGAACAGCAUUUAUUUGAACUAGAAAUCUUUUGUAACAUUAUAAAUGUCUUUACUGUUACUUUUGAUCAAUUUAAUGCGUCCAUGCUGAAUAAAAGUAUUAUUUUCAAUACACAAUAUCAUAAUGAUUCCAAACUUUGAUUGGUUGUGUACAGUACAAUAAAUUGUGUGAGGAACAAACUGACACGUAAGUUGUUAUUUGCUGAUAAUCUUCUGAAGAGAUGGUAGCAGCUUCUUGUGAGCAAUUAAGUUUUUUAUUCAAGUGUUUUCUCACUUGAUGAAUUCAUGAAUGAAUCAUUCAGACUGGGUUCAUUGAAAAGAUCCAACUCAAAAGAAUGAUUCAUUCACAAAUUGGGCUACUUCUUUCAUAACCUCUUAUAAAAUCUAUGGCAGACACUAAAUUUUUUUUAGAACUUUUUCAAUAACGACUUUGGAUCGGUUCCUCACACAAGACCACUGAUUGGCUUGUGGUAGAGGCUGGUCUCAUGUGGGCUGCUCAGUACAGUCAUUAUUAAUGAUUAUAUCAACCAUAUC